CAAGCCUUUCGCCCAGUAAGAAUCAAGAAAAAAAAGUUUCUUUUGGUUGCUGGACGCCUGACAGUUCCCUGGCGUUCACGGAAACUGAUUGUCAAUCCGGGCUGGGCCGACGUGGCUUAGUUUCGUGGCGCUUACGAAAUUACGCAGCCGCAGCUCAAUGUAUAAUGGGCCUUAACCCGUAAGCGUUGAAGCAUUCGAUCCGUUCCCUUGCCCUAAGACCCACCCCUGAUUUCAUUUCCCCAAUCAUGGCGGCGGCUCUGUCGGGGACGGCGGUGUCCACGGCAGCGCUUCUAGCCCCAAUCCGAGCUCCAACCAGCGCGUUUAUCCGGCGCUCCCAGCUCACCUGUCAUCGCCUCCACUCACUAAAAUGCCGCCGCGCUGGGUCCAUCGUCCCCGCGGCCGCUGCUGCCGCGGCGGGCAGCAGCUCGCCGUCGUCAGCCGUUUUCCACGGCGAGUGCUUCGUGGUGGGCGACAAUAUCGACACCGACCAGAUCAUCCCCGCCGAGCACCUCACUCUGGUGCCCUCCAAGCCGGACGAGUACCGCAAGCUCGGUUCCUUCGCCUUCGCGGGGCUCCCAUCCGCGGCCUACCCGACGCCGUUCGUCGCUCCGGGUGAGGAGUCCUCCCGCUACGCCAUCAUUGUCGGCGGAGCCAACUUCGGGUGCGGUUCCUCUCGCGAGCACGCGCCCGUCGCGCUUGGGGCCGCUGGCGCACGCGCCAUUGUUGCGGAGGGCUACGCGCGCAUCUUUUUUCGCAACUCCGUGGCCACUGGAGAGGUGUACCCUCUGGAGCUCACGGACGUUGGGGCCUGGAAGGAGUGCAAGACAGGGGAUGUGGUCACCGUGGACCUUGCUAACUCCGUUUUUAUUAACCACACCUCUGGCAAGGAGUACAAGCUGAAACCAAUUGGUGAUGCUGGCCCUGUAAUUGAGGCGGGAGGGAUCUUUGCCUACGCCCGGAAGACAGGAAUGAUUGCGUCGAAAGCUGCUGCAUGAGGGAAAGCUUAUGCAGCCGAGCCUCUGCGGAGAUGAAGAAGUAAGCUGGAGUUAGGACUAAGAGUUACUGCACCUACUUGAUGUCGACGGUGUCUCAAAAUAAGUUGCGGCCUACCGAAAUUAUGAUGAAUCAAUCAAUUUGGUCUUUGUCACAGAUCGUUUUUUUUUGUUACUAGUACUUGUACAAUUGUACUCCUGCCUGCUACUGUUCUUAUCUGUUUGAAUAACUGCUCUGUUGCCAUCUUAUGUGUACAACUCUUGAAACUCGCUGCCGUUCGAUGUAUUUGAGCUUUUGGUAUGCAACUCUUGAAAAUGGUUGCAUUCA